AUGUCGACCUCAAAAAAGAGACAGGCGGAGGAAACUCCUGCUCAGCCUAAGCCAAAGAAGAACAAGAAGAGAAAGGCAAACGCACCAGAUGAUGAAUUACUCGACACUGAGCUUGGUCUCAACACGCUCUUCACAAAGAUGGACAACCAGCUCUUGGCCGAUCAUCUGGCGCAAAAGUUGGGACGUUUCGGCACCGAUCUGAGCGCUGUUGAGAUUUCAGAUAUGACUGUUUCAGCCAACGCCAUUCAAGACACGACUUCAUGGCAAGAGACAAGAACCCUGGAAAAGUUCCCCGACUUCCUGGAGAGCGUCACGGAGAAUCCUGAGCUCUUGAAGAAGUCACCCAAGAAGAAGGGAACGCCUCAUACCAUCAUUGUUGCAGGAGCGGGCUUGAGAGCUGCGGAUAUUGUUAGAUCGAUGCGCAAAUUCCAGAACAAGGAAAACUCGAUUGCGAAACUGUUCGCCAAGCACAUGAAAGUUGAAGAGCAAGUUCAGUUUCUCCAGAAUCACAAGACUGGUAUCUGUGUCGGCACACCUGCCCGCCUGAUGGAUCUCAUCGAUAAUGGUGCACUCUCCUUGGAUAGCCUGAAGCGCCUGGUAGUAGAUGCCUCCCACAUCGACCAAAAGAAGCGCGGCGUUCUGGACAUGAAGGAUACAAUGAUGCCCCUGGCUCGCUUCCUAUCAAGGAAAGAAUUCAAGGACAGAUACGAUGACGAGAAGAAGCCUUUGGCUUUGCUGUUCUAUUAG